CUUGUAACAGAGAAAAAAAGAAGCAAAGCAAAUAAAAUACAGCUGAUGUUCACAUGACUUAACAUAUCAGAAAAGUCGACCAUUUCUACACAAUUUUGCUGACCGAAUACCCUUCCUUUUCUUACCAUCAGAAUUUGUUGUUAAAUAUAUAAGCCCCUUCAUUUUUUCCUUUGCUUUCUCUUCAAUCCAUUCCCUCUCUCAAUCGUUGUUGAUAAAUUUUAGAUUGAGGUUUUUGUUUCGGUGAUUUGGGUUUUGUCUGAAGAUCUAAAAAAUGGCAGGUCGUUAUGAUCCCAACCCUUUCGAAGAAGAAGUAGAGGUCAAUCCCUUCGCUGGAGAAGGUAAGCAGGCCAAAUCUUCAGGCCAGUCGAACUUUUCUGGAGGAGCCUUUUAUAUGGCUAAUCCUGGAAGUGUUCCUCCAGCCUCAAAUUCAAGGCUUUCACCUCUUCCACCUGAGCCAGCUGAUUUUUACAAUCCUACUGCAACAGUUGAUAUUCCCCUUGAUUCAGGAAAGGAUUUGAAGAAGAAAGAAAAAGACCUUCAGGCAAAAGAGGCUGAAUUGAGAAAGAGGGAGGAGGUACUCAAACGGAAGGAAGAUGCUGCACAACGAGCUGGAAUUGUUAUCGAGGAGAAGAAUUGGCCUCCAUUUUUCCCAAUAAUCCAUCAUGAUAUUGGAAACGAGAUACCAAUUCAUCUGCAGAAGUUACAGUACACAGCUUUUUCAACGCUGCUAGGGUUGACAUUGUGUCUUACCUGGAACAUCGUAGCAGUUACUACAGCUUGGAUAAAGGGUGGUGAUGCAACUAUAUGGUUCCUUGCUAUUAUCUACUUCAUAGCCGGUAUCCCUUGUGCAUAUGUGUUGUGGUACCGUCCACUCUACCGGGCUUUCAGGACUGAAAGUGCUAUGAGCUUUGGAUGGUUUUUCAUGUUUUAUGCGGUUCACAUUGGCUUCUGUAUUUUUGCUGCUGUUGCUCCUCCUAUCUUCUUCAAAGGAAAAUCCCUCGCAGGAAUCCUUCCAGCUAUUGAUCUUGUUGGUGGCAAUGCCUUAGUUGGGAUUUUCUACUUCAUUGGAUUUGGACUAUUCUGCCUUGAGUCGGUGAUCAGCGUAGGGGUCCUUCAGCAAGUAUACAUGUACUUCCGAGGCAGUGGUAAGGCAACACAAAUGAGGCAAGAGGCAGCAAGAGGUGCCAUGAGAGCGGCGUUUUGAUACCAUCCGAUGAUACUGAUUCAGGAUAGUGACCACCCCCCUUGUGUAUGGUAGAGAACCAAAACAAAGCUUUCAGCUGCACAUUUCAUACGUGUUAUAUAUAUCACUGCUCCUUUGUUUGCUUUUCACAUUUUUCAUGCUGGUGGAUUGUGAGAGGGUUGUUCUAAUACACAGUUUUAGGUACAUUUAUUCUGAUUUGUUGCAUUCUAUUAGUUAAAAUUAAUUUGAAAGUUCCUGGGUAUUCAGAUGCA